AUGGACUUGUCGAGCUUUGACAAGGAUUAUAUUCUACGAGGACUCGCUCGCUUGUAUCGAAAAAAGAUUCUUCCGUUGGAGCUUUCGUCUCGGUACGGCCAUUUCCAUUCCCCACCACUUUCCCCUUCCGACUUUGCGGCGCCACCCAUGAUUCUUUUACUCGGACAAUACAGUGUUGGCAAGACAUCCUUUGUAAAAUAUCUCUUGGGUCGGGACUUUCCAGGAAUUCGGGUCGGACCAGAGCCAACCACCGAUCGCUUUACCGCCGUUUUGUGGGGACAGCAAGACAAGGUUGUCCCGGGUGCGGCUCUCUGCUCACAGCAAGAUCGACCAUUUACAGGUCUGAGUCCAUUCGGAAACAACUUUUUAUCCCGUAUGGAGGGGGCGGAACUGAACGCUCCGAUUCUACGCAACAUUACCAUUGUCGAUACGCCCGGUAUUUUGAGCGGGCAAAAGCAACGAUCGCGAAACUACGACUACGAAGCCGUGAUGAAGUGGUUCGCGGAACGAGCCGAUCUCGUCAUUGUCAUGUUUGACGCGCACAAGUUGGACAUCUCCGAUGAGCUCAAGGCAGUCAUGGAGCUCAUGAUCCCACACCUGGAUAAGAUACGGGUUGUGCUCAACAAGGCCGACAGUAUAUCUACCCAACAACUGAUGCGUGUGUACGGGGCUCUCAUGUGGUCACUGGGAAAAGUUAUGAACACGCCAGAAGUGUGCCGCGUCUACAUGGGUAGCUUUUGGGACGCGCCUUUGCAGAACACGGAACAGGCGGAACUACUGCAGCGGGAAGAAAUGGAUUUGCUGCACGACAUAAUGGCGUUGCCCCAGCAAGCCGUUAUGCGACGCAUCAACGAGCUCGUCAAGCGUGCACGGAGCGUCAAAGUCCACGCCUACAUCAUUCACUACUUGCGGAAACAGUUGCCGUAUACGUUUGGUAAACGAGAGAAGCAGCGACGGUUGAUUGGCCGGCUGGAAUCUGAGUUCUUGGCGGCUGCUCGAAGAUACGGCUUACCGAAAGGAGACUUUCCGGCGUUGGAACCAAUGCGACAAGCAUUGUACGAAAUCAAGGAUCUGAGUGAAUUUCCCAAGCUGGACAAGAAAUUGCUUCGAGAAAUGGACAAGGUGUUCUCACAGGACAUCCCUCUGCUAUUGGAAAAGGCACGGAAUCAUUAG